AUGUUCUAUAAGGAUGGUGAGUGGCUGGACUUUCCUAACAAUAUUCUUGACUUGGUUAAGAAAUAUCUUGAAAUGAAGAAGUCGGUUGUGGAGGUGGAGUUAAAUGGGUAUCAUAUGGUGUUCAAUUUUUUCCAUAUGUAUAAGUUGUACUUGAAAACUGAGCCUUAUAAUCUCUCCAAACAGUACAGUGGUAAAAGUACAGAAUCGUAUGAUUCCAAUGAAAUAAAAUUACAAUUAGAAAUUGAAAUGAAUGGGCUGGAUCAGUGGAAGUUGAGGGAGUGCAAAGUAGAAAAUAGUAUUAACAAAAAGGACAGUGGAAAUGUUGGUGAAUCUAUACAGCAAAAUCAAGACAUAGAUCAUGCCUAUACUGAAUUUGUAUAUGGAAAGUUGGAUUUGGAUUUUGUACUUCUUAACGGAUGA